AUGGGCUUCUCGUUGAGACGUCUAGCCGUUACCGCCUCCGCGUCAGUCUUCACUGGUCGCGUGUUGGCACAAAAUGGCUCAGCCGCAGGCAUUGUCGUUGAUGGCAAGUCUUUUGCCCUCAAUGGCGACCAUUCCUCAUACCGCUUUCAUGUGGAUGAGCUGACUGGUGACCUAUUGUCUGACCACUUUGGAGGGUCGGCUACGGAGAGCAUGGAAAUGCUCGCCCCGGAAAUCAAUGGCUGGGUUGACAUGAUCGGCCGGGUUAGACGAGAGUACCCCGACCUUGGACGUGGAGACUUUCGUGUCCCCGCAGUACAAAUUCACCAGUCUGAGGGAUACACGGUCAGCGAUCUCCAAUAUCGAUCCUACAGAGUCACGGCAGGAAAGCCUGGCUUGCCGGGUCUUCCGGCGACAUUUGGAACCGACGAUGAGGUCUCUACUCUGGUUGUUUCUCUGUACGACAACUACAGCUCCAUUGCCGUCGAUCUUUCGUACUCAAUCUUCCCCAAGUAUGAUGCCAUUGUCCGAAGCGUCAACAUCACCAACGAGGGGGAGGGCAACAUCACCAUCGCCAAGGCCGCAAGUCUCAGCGUUGACUUGCCAUUCGAGGACCUUGAGAUGAUCGAAUUGAGAGGCGACUGGGCUCGCGAAGCCAUGAGAGUUCGGAGGAAGGUUGGCUACGGCACGCAGGGCUUCGGAAGCACAACUGGGUACUCAUCCCAUCUUCACAACCCAUUCUUGGCGCUCGUCUCUCCAGACACUACCGAGUCCCAAGGCGAGGCAUGGGGAUUCUCUCUUGUCUACACAGGCUCGUUCUCCGUUGACGUGGAGAAAGGAUCCCAAGGGUUUACCCGUGCCAUGCUCGGUUUCAAUCCUUACCAGCUCUCGUGGCCUCUUGGCCCGGGAGAGACCCUCACUACUCCUGAGGUUGUCGCUGUAUACUCGGAUGCUGGUGUCGGUGGCGUAUCCCGGAAGUUCCACCGGCUCUACCGCAACCACCUCAUGAGAGGCCAAUUCGUCGACCAGACUCGUCCAGCAUUGCUCAACAGCUGGGAGGGUCUCUACUUUGACUACAAUGAGAGCACCGUUUACGAUCUGGCACAAGAAGCGGCGCAACUCGGUGUUAAGCUCUUUGUUCUGGACGAUGGAUGGUUUGGUCAAGAGUACCCCCGACUGAACGACACAGCCGGUUUAGGAGACUGGGAAGUCAACGCGCAGCGUUUCCCCGAUGGCCUCCCAGCUCUCGUCAAUAAGGUCACCAACCUCGAGGUCACGAACACGACAGAUAAGCUUCAGUUCGGCCUCUGGUUUGAGCCAGAGAUGGUAAACCCCAACUCUACUCUUUACCAUGAGCACCCUGACUGGGCUCUCCAUGCCGGCAACUACCCUCGAACAAUCAGGAGGAACCAGCUUGUGCUUAACGUGGCGCUCCCAGAGGUGCAGGAGUUCAUCAUUGACUCCGUCUCCAAAAUCCUCUCCAGCGCCCCCAUCUCUUACGUCAAGUGGGACAACAACAGAGGCUUCCACGAGACCCCCGUCCCAGGCAUCGGCCACUCAUACAUGUUGGGCAUCUACCACGUCUUUGAGGUCCUCACCUCGCGAUUCCCAGAUGUGCUCUGGGAAGGCUGCGCAUCCGGAGGCGGUCGCUUCGACCCUGGCGUCCUUCACUACUUCCCUCAAAUCUGGACAUCUGACAACACCGACGCCCUGGACCGCAUCUCCAUUCAGUUUGGAACUUCCCUGGCGUACCCCCUCUCUGCCAUGGGUGCCCACGUCUCCGCGGUGCCCAACCAUCUCACUGGCCGCACGAUUCCAAUCAAGUUCCGUGCUCAUGUCGCCAUGAUGGGCGGAUCCUUUGGCCUCGAGCUGAACCCAGCCGUGAUCUCCGCUGAGGAUAAGGUGCAGAUCCCCGAGCUAUUGGCCUUGGGCGAGAUGGUCAACCCCAUUGUAAUUGGAGGUGAUCUGUGGCGUCUCAGUCUGCCAGAGGAGUCCAACUGGCCGGCUGCCAUGGUCAUCUCGGAGGACGGGUCGCAAGGCGUGCUGUUCUACUUCCAGGUGCGCGCGCUAUACAACCACGCCCUACCGCGGCUUAAACUUCAAGGACUGGACCCGACGGCCAAGUACUCUCUGGAUAACAACGGCACUUAUUCUGGUGCUACGCUGAUGAGUACGGGUGUGCAGUACGCCUUUGAUGGUGACUACGACAGCCGUGUUGUGCUGAUUUCGAAGGUAUGA